AUGACUGCGAAUAACUAUCAUUGUAAAACACGUUCUAAUAGUGGUCUAGUAUGUGAUACUCAAGGUUGUUCGUAUGAAUUACUCUCACCAACACAAGUUUUGACUGAAAAUGUUCAAAAUUUAGAGAAUAGUAUAAAGGAAAAGAAGAAGAAGAAAAAAUGUAAAGGUAAUCGAAAAUUGCAACAUUUCAAACGCAAAUGUCGUUCAAAUGGAAUGAACGAAGAACUAAUCACAAAAUUGAUCGAGAACCGAAACACUUAUCAUAAUUCAAUAAAAUCGACUGAUAAUACUAAGAUCAAUAAGGAUAUGAAAAACAAAAAGAAUCAAUCGAAAAAACGUAAACGAUUUCAACUAUUAAAUGAAGACAAACCUAAUGUUAUAAAAUCAUUGAGUCAGUUGUCAAUAUCUCAGCCAUUACGAAAGAAGACAAAAAAUGAAGAUAAACUAGCAUCAAACAGCAAUAAUAAUAAUAAUAAUAAUAAUAAUAAUAAAUCAUCGAAAUAUUUAAAAAUGCCGAAAAAGUUGCUUUAUCAUUCUUUACGUGUUCACUUAUACUAUCCACUAAAGAGGAAAAAAGAGAAAAUUUUUAUUCUAACAAGACUUCAAUUGCUUGAUUGGCAAUUUUGUCUUAAUCUUGAUUUACAUUUAUAUCAAUCAUAUUACACCGAAGGAAGACAAUAUAAGACAUGGCCGGAAGAUAUUGUUAAAAUGGCAAAAACGAAUGAUUAUGAUUUAACAGAAACAUUUCUUAAUAAACUAGUUAAUCAAAUACAACACACGGUUGAUCAAUGUACGACUGAAUUGUUAUCACAGUCACUAUCUUGUCCGAAAACAUUACUCCUAUCACAUAUCGAAAGUCGACUAGUAGAAUUUGUUCGUCUACAUCAUAUAGAUUUAACACGAAAAAUAAAUUAUCAAGUGAAUAAAUUCAAAGACUUGAUACGGGAAACCCAACUGUUUGAAACGUUAUCGUCCUAUUCAUUAACGAAUGAACAAAAACAGGUCGUCGAUUGUCUAAUCAAUAUCCGUCAAACUCAAUUGGAAACAUUUGAAGAGAUGACGAUGUUAGAAGCACGUAUAGUAUGUAAAAGUUUACCACAAUCAAUUGACGAUCUCGAUAAACUUAUUUUAAUUGAUGAGACUCUAUUGAAUUAUAUGUCCACCAACAACAAUAUUAGUUUCAAAGAUGAAACACAUCAGCAGUAUCGUAAAAAGAUACGAGAAUAUAAACGUCAAUCUCUUAUGAAGAAUUUCGAGGAAUAUGAGACAAUCAUUGAAGAGAAUGAAUAUUUAUAUCAAGAAGAAUUAUUAAAAUUCGAAUAUGAACUAUCUAAGGAUAUUGAACCAGUUAACAACUUAAUGAACUCUCUGUAUUAUUAUCUUAAUCAUCGAACUGAUCGGCUCAUACGUGACAUUCGUUAUAAAGAAGCAAUAUUUCGUAUAAAAUUAAAUCAUCCCCAUUCUCAUGGUUCAUCAUCAUCAUCAUCAUCAUCGUUAAAGAUUAACAGUGUUAGUGUCUAUCCAGAAGCGAUUAUUGAAACAUCAGAAAAUCUUUUUACAGAUGAAGAAAUAAAAUUUCUUUCCUAUGCAGGCAAUAUAUGA